CGAGAACCAUGGCGGCGGUACUAUUGGCGAAAUCGUGCUUUCGCUGUGUCGUGCGCUUUUCCGACCGAGAGUACAUGCGCUGAGGGAGAGGAGCCGUCGGGGUCGAAUAGGCGGAAAAAAUGAAUCACUGCAGUGAGUCUAGCAAUGACACGGACGAAGGCGAUGAUCAAGAGGCGUCUUCUUUGCAGGAAGGAACGAACAUUGAGGAUACCUUAACGUCUUUCAGGGAACAAUGGCAGCGCGAGUUGACGAUAUCACCUAAGCGCGACGCAUCAAAGACGUAUUCACCGAAUCAGCCUAACAUUGAAGUCGCGAAUGACGAAGCCUCCAUCGAGAGCAAGGCGAAGAAUUUAUUUCUCAAGGGCAUUGAACACGAGCAAAGCAGAAAGUUUUACGAGGCAAUCCAGUUUUAUAAGCGCGCGGUACAGUUGGUUCCCGACAUCGAGGUCCGUUUGUACGAGUCAACCAUAGCGAAGGCGAGAGACAGAUUCGAUGCUGACGAUUGUUUCGAUACGUUAGACAAUGACUUUUCAACCACCAACGACGGCGGGAAUCAUAAUGAGGUUGACGAGGAGGGAACUGAUUUAGUUUUGAAAUUGUCUAAGAUUGUCAACCGCAAUCAAUGCGUGUGUUUCCCCAAAUUUGAGCAAAGUACAACGCAUAUCUCUGCACUACCUAUGGAGAUAGUACUCUACAUUCUAAGAUGGGUUGUGUCGUCCGAGCUGGAUUUCCGAUCGUUAGAAAUGUUCUCAAGGGUAUGUCGUGGAUUUUACAUAUCUGCACGAGACACGGAAAUCUGGCGACUAGCAUGCGUUAGGGUAUGGGGUGUAAAUUGCGGCACUUGCGAGCCGAAAUACAAAUCCUGGAGAGAUAUGUACUUGCAACGGCCUAGAUUAAGAUACAACGGAUGUUACAUCAAUAAGACAAGUUACAUACGCGACGGAGAAAAUAAUUUUCAAGACCGUUUUUACAGACCGUGGCAUCUCGUUGAAUAUUUCCGGUACCUGAGGUUUUUUCCCGAAGGAAGAGUUUUAAUGUUAACAUCGACUGAUGAAGCUCAAUGCUGCGUAAAUUCCUUACGAAAUCGCGUACCACGCAAUCCGUCAGUUCUCGUUGGUCAUUUUCGAUUACACGAUAAUUAUGUUACACUUGUGUUGAAGAGGCAAGAAACUAAGGGAAUCAAUUUCUAUAGAAGGAAGAAAAGAGAACCGGUGCAUGACAGCGGCGAACAAACUUUCCAUAUUGAAUUCGAGAUACAGAGUUAUCAUAGAAGAGUCAACUCGCAGCUAAAGUGGAUCAGCUACAGUAUUUUCACGAAAUAUAAAAACGGACAAGAAGCGAAGAUUUGCCUAAAGGAGCCAUCCGUAAGGGAAUUCAGGGCGUCGCCGAUUGGCGGCAGAUAUCCACCUCUUAAAUUCAGCAGGGUAAAGAGUUACAUUCAGGAGAGCGAAGUCCCGUUGUAGUAAUGAAAAUAGCAACAAACAAAUCAUAUGCAUCAUGAGAGUACAAUUUUGAAUUAUUCUUACAGAAGAAGAAAAAUGAAUUAGUGAACAUAGUGAAUUCUCAAUGAGUUACAAAACCGUAAACAAAGAUGAAUAUCUAAUUAUAAUUGAAUGUGCUUUUCUUUGAGUCAUAUCAAGUACAUAUAUAUAUUUUUUUUUUCAAGUUAUUUUAUUUAUCUUGUAUCACGUAUAUUUUAACGCGUGUACUAGCUACGCUUACACUUGGCGCGAGACACUGCCGUGUCUCGUGAUGACAGUUUCUAUCGGUACAUUAUACAACCUGCAAAUCACAACUAUCUUUUAAAGAAUUAUGUACGUCAACAGUACGUCCAAUGGAAGUGUAACUUAUUUAUAGAUCUAAUAUAUAAUUAUUUAAGCACUAGAGUAUAUAGUGCCUUACAUCAUUUCGCAAUGAGUAACAUACUUAAAAAUGUAAAGUAUGUAUUCAAGAAUGUAAUUGUAUGGUUUUGUUUAUAAUUAAUUAUUGCUCAGAUAUGGUUAAGUUUGAAAGUGUGUUAAUUGAAUAAAAUUUAUGUGUAUAAUUUUAUAUAAUUAUAUAUAAUAAAUAGCAAGCACUGAAA